AUGACAACGCGCCAUAGCAACGCGCCCAUAGCAACGCAUCCAUGGCAACGCACCCAUGGCGUCCGACUGGAGGAAUGCGACGUCCCUCUGCGGGUUUCUGUGCCCGUAGCCCGCGCACUGAGGAUGGGAUGCGGAGGCUCCGCGGUCCACCCGCUGGCCGGAGAGGAGGGUGAGACAGGAAGUAAAGCCGGGGGGCGUGGCGACUCGGCGGGGUCAAAGGUCACGGCUGACAGCGGGGUGGUGGCCAGCCACAUCCUGGAGGAGCUGCUGAGCCAGGGCAUCAUCCCGGAGGGGCGGAGCCUCGAGGGGCGGAGCCAGGAGGGGCGGAGCCAGGAGGGUUGCCAUGGCGCCGCCUACAGCAUCACGCUGGAGGGGGGGGGCGGGUCCGUGCGGCGGCCCCCGGCCAGGCUGGAGGCUCUGAGGGCCCCCAGACCCCCCAGGAGGGAGGAGGUCGAUGAGAAGAUGAGGCUGGCCGAGGAGAGACGCCAGGUCAAAGAAAACGAGCUGAAGGCCCGACUCCGGAGGAAGUCUGCCCGGGUCCGGGUCCAGGCCCCCGGUGGGGGGGGCGGGGGGGGCCAGGACGGGUCCUUACAGCCGCCCCCCCCCCCGGACCUCUGGGGCCUGCCCCCCCGGGGCAUCCCGGCUCACUACGUGUACCCGCAGGCCUUCGUUCAGCCCAGCGUGGUGAUUCCUCACGUGGCGCCGGCCGCCGCCCCGCCCGCCGCCUCCUCGCCGUUCGUGGACUAUGGCGGCGGCGCCGCCUACGCCCAGUACGCCGCCGCCGCCGCCGUUGCCACGGCAGCCGCCUACGAGCAGCCGUACCCCUACGCCGCCUCCCCGGCCGCGCCCGGAUACGUGGCCACGCCCGGUUACGGGUACGCCGUGCCCCAGCCGCUCGCCGCCGCCACGCCGGGCGCCGCCGCCGCCGCCGCCGCCUUCGGCCAAUACCAGCAGCAGCUGCAGGCCGACCGCAUGCAGUAG